CAGCAGGAAAGGCACCCAAUAAUACCGUCGUCGGCAAGUAAUUAAAACAGAGCCCCCGACGAGCAACCACCACGAACACCACAGGCCAUCUAGAAGACGGCCAUCUAUCUCUGUCAUCAUGUCUGCAGCACAGUUGCUUAAUCCGAAGGCCGAGUCAAGACGGCGGGGUGAAGCGUUGAAGGUCAACAUCAGUGCUGGCGAGGGUCUGCAAGAUGUGCUCAAGUCCAACUUGGGCCCCAUGGGCACCCUAAAGAUGCUUGUUGACGGCGCUGGACAAAUUAAACUCACCAAGGAUGGAAACGUUCUUCUGAGAGAGAUGCAAAUACAGAACCCGACGGCUGUGAUGAUUGCCCGCGCCGCCACCGCGCAGGACGACAUUUGCGGAGACGGUACGACCUCGGUGGUGCUGUUGGUUGGAGAGCUUCUGAAGCAAGCCGAUCGAUACAUCUCGGAGGGCCUGCACCCCCGCGUUAUAACUGAUGGCUUUGAGAUUGCGAAGAACGAGGCUUUGAAGUUCCUGGACCAGUUCAAACUCCCCAAGGAGGCGGACCGCGAGCUCCUUCUUAACGUCGCCCGCACCUCUCUGGCCACCAAGCUCGACAGUAGCCUCGCUUCUAAGCUGACUGCAGAUAUUGUCGACGCCGUCUUGGCCAUUUACCAAGCCCCUGCCAAGCCCGACUUGCACAUGAUUGAGAUCAUGAAGAUGCAGCACAGGACAGCCUCUGAUACGCGGCUGAUCAAGGGUCUCGCCCUCGACCACGGUGCCAGGCACCCCGACAUGCCGAAGCGGCUGGAGAACGCCUACAUCCUGACGCUGAACGUGAGCUUAGAGUACGAGAAGACGGAGAUCAACUCGGGCUUCUACUACUCGAGCGCCGAGCAGCGGGAUAAGCUUGUCGAGAGCGAACGCCGGUUCGUGGAUGCCAAACUCAAGAAGAUCGUCGAGCUGAAGAAGGAGGUCUGCGGCAACGACCCGAACAAGAGCUUCGUCGUCAUCAACCAGAAGGGCAUCGAUCCCCUGUCGCUGGACGUCCUUGCGAAGAACAACAUCCUGGCGCUGCGGCGGGCGAAGAGGAGGAACAUGGAGAGGCUUCAGCUCAUUUGCGGAGGUGUGGCCCAGAACAGCACGGAGGAUCUCACCCCGGACGUUCUUGGCUGGGCCGGUCUCGUGUACGAGCAACAGCUGGGUGAGGAGAAGUACACUUUCAUCGAGGAUGUCAAGGAUGCCAAGUCUGUCACGCUUCUGAUCAAGGGCCCCAAUGCCCACACGAUCACUCAGGUUACCGAUGCCGUCCGCGACGGUCUGCGCAGCGUCUACAACAUGAUCGUCGACAAGAGCGUGGUUCCUGGCGGCGGUGCAUUCCAGGUCGCUUGCGCGGCGCACCUGAAGAGCGAUGCGUUCACCAAGACGGUCAAGGGCAAGGCUAAGUGGGGAGUCGAGGCGUUUGCUGAUGCCUUGCUCGUUAUUCCCAAGACUCUUGCUGCCAAUGCUGGCCAUGAUGUUCAGGAUGCCCUCGCGGACCUGCAAGAUGAGUAUGCCGAUGGCAACGUGGUUGGUCUCGACCUCAGCACUGGCAAGUCCAUGGACCCCGAGUUGGAGGGCGUCUUCGAUUCCUUCCGGGUCCUACGUAACUGCGUCGCCUCCAGCUCCGGCAUUGCGUCGAAUCUGUUGCUCUGCGAUGAACUGCUCAAGGCCAGGCAGAUGGGCAGGCAAGGUGGUCCGGGUCCCGGCAUGGACGGCCCGGAGGAGUAAGGUGAUAGCAAGCAGGACAUGCCGGUCGAUGGGAUACGGGUACGGUAGAUAAAAAAGGGCCUGUACUUGUUAGACGUGUCACUCACCUGGAAUGAUAUCCAUCUCGUGUCUCAGAUGCCAUGGAGCCUCUAUGCGUCAACUUCAACUAUCUACUCCUUACACGGUCUUACCUAUCAGACUAUGUCACCUAACCGUCUAUCAUUUCACCCCGUCCGUUUCCGCCCAAGCAAUCCCCCU